GUUCCAUUCCGGUGGUUUCAGCAACAAGUGGUUUCAACAGUGCGUUGAUUGGGUAAGCUCCUAAGAAGAAUGACCACGCGACAACUGCUGAACUUUGCGUUCUGGACAGUUAUUCUUCUGUUAUGUCUUUACUGUGUGGGGAAGAUGGAGUCGGCGGCCAUUGAUGCUGAACCUGAAAUUCACAAAAGACUAUUUCCUGGCGAAUUUCUAAAAGUUUUCCAUAUUUCCGACGGACCUUCCAAUCAAAACAGAGGAAUAAGAUUUCAAAAUAGACUGUAUCAUCUGCACUUUGCCGACCUUCUUCGUGAAUUCGAGGAAGAUAAAAGACAAAUGGAUGAUUAUUUGCAAAGUGUACAAAAACAAGAUGAAAGAAGACGAGGACACAGUUUUAUUCACUUUGGAAAACGAAUAAAUGGUAUAGUUAAAAAAGAACGCAACAAAGUCAUCUUUCAGCAGGGACUACAAUCAGAGAAUAGUUUAUCUGAACCUUUUGAACCACGCAGUGAUAUAGAGGAUACAAGAAAAACAAAUCAACAAAAUUACGAACAUCGAUACGUAAAUGAGAGAAGAUUACACCUUAGAAAAUGUCUUAUUAGUAAAUCUAAGAACAGAGCAUAUCCUAAGCAGCCGAAGCUCAGAAAACUUAAGAAUAACAAACAAAUUAGGGGUCACGCUACAAUGUCUUUUGAGAAACGGGUGCAUAGAAUCAAGCAUCCUGACCUUUAUAUCGUACAUUUUGGUAAAAGAUUUGAUGACACAAACCUGCCUUAUUAUCAAAUGAUGGACUUUGAAAGUGUUGUAGAUGAAGGAAAGCAGCCUCAGCAGCAUAUUAUGUGCUUAAAGAAGCAAAGACCCGAUCAGCAGAUGAUGCGAUAUAGAAAGAGAAUAAAAGAGAAAGAACGAGCUGGCCAAAGCAUAAUGUACUUGCAUAAACAAAUUGAUAAUGACCUUAGGUCCAAUAAGCGUAUGAAGUUCUUUAGAAAGAGGAUGGAAGAGGAAGAGCAACUAGGAGAUAGUAUGAUGUGCUUUGGUAAACAAAUGGAUGGAAAUGAUAAACCUGACCAUCAAAUGAUGCUCUUUAAAAAGAGAAUUAAUGAAGAAGAAAGAUCAUUCAACAACAUGAUAUACUUUGAUGAACACAAUGAAUAUAAUAAUGAAGGAAUGUAUUUUCAAAAGAAAAUCGAAGGAAGAAAGGAAUCAAGCCCUAAGAUGAUCUAUUUUGGGAACAAAAUAGAAGACGAAAAACGACCCGAUCAUCACGUGAUGUUUUUUAAUAAACAAAAAGAUGACAGCAAUACAUCUAAUCAUCAGACAAUUCACUUUGGAAAGAGAGUCGGUGAAAAAGAGCAAUUAAGCCAUAAAAUAAUGCAUUUUGGAAAGAGGAAGGAAUGAAAAGCGACCUGAUCAACAUGGAACGUUUUUUGAUAGGGAAAUGGAUGAAAACAGCAUACCCAAUUAUAAAA